GAUAACCACUGAAUCAUAUGGAACAGUGGUUGACUUCAAGCGAUUGCGAUUGACGAAGGGCGAGGGAGUUAGGUCAGCAAGACCUCGGAUAUCGAACAAUGUUUAUCUUCUACGCUACGCUGUAACAAAUAAUAUUUCAUUUUCUUCAAUUAAAGAUAUUUGUAAUAAGAAAAUGGCAUCGAUCGCUCGCGUCGGUAUAGCGAAACUCGGAUACAAUAACCUUACAAGACAAUUAUGUAAGGUGACAACUACUAGCAAUGUCAUGCAACUAGCCUUCAUCUCGCAUAAGUCAAAACGAGUGGAUCAUCGACAUCUUGCACCGUUUGAUUACUUCAACAAGAAAUAUGGUUUCUGGGAUCAGCUUUUUGAUCCUAUGGUCGAUCGAUGUGACGAGAACACCAAAGUAAUUGUCGUUGAAGGCCCGGUCGCUGCAGGAAAGUCUAAGGUGGCCGCGAAAAUAGCGGAAGAAUUCGAAAUGGUUUAUUUACCGCCACCGUCUUUCGAAGACAUAUAUAUAACUGAAUACGGAUAUGAUUUACGCACGCUAGAUGACAGACUGUCUCCAUCUGCGCAAUCAUGCGAUUUGGAGAAAUUUUUGACAAAUCCGAAUCAUCCUAAUGUGCCCGCGUUUCAAUUUCACUACUUCCAACUCAAGUAUGAUCAAUACAUCACUGCUCUGUUGCACUUGGUGUCAACUGGACAAGGAGUAGUGCUCAAUCGUUCUUUUUUCGCUGAUUAUGUGUUCGCGAAGGCGAUGACAAAUGCCGGUUAUAUGCGUCCAGCAGCACUUAAAUUUUACUCCGAGGUCGUAAACGUUGCAAUGCUAGCGGUGAUGAGACCUCAUUUAAUCAUUUAUUUGGAUGUACCUGUGGAUACAGUUAAGGAAAAAAUAAAGAAACGCGGUAUACCAUAUGAAGUAAAUUCCAAAGUUUUCACAUCAGAUUAUCUCCAAGAUAUGGAAAAUGUAUACAAGUUGGAUUAUUUGAAGAAUAUUGCAAAGCAUUCUCAUGUACUAGUCUAUGACUGGACAAAUGAGGGAGAUGUUUCUAGCUUAGUGGAGGAUAUCGAGCUAUUGAAUUUCGAUUAUGAAAAAGGCUCUAAGAAGAUGGCAGAUUGGAGAUUCGAAAGUGUUCAAGAGAUGCGAACUAAGAGGCAAUUUUUUGAAAAUAGAUAUUAUUUGCAUCUGGAUUAUUUGAGACACGACUAUGACGUACCAGAACUGCACUAUACACCUGAGCAGAAUGAGGAAAGAGAUUUGGCGAUGAAGACGGUACCCGGACAGAAAUACAGUGUAGGAUAUAAUGCUGCUAUGGGAGAUACCAAUAUUAUAUGGAAAACACAGACACCUCCUCAUUUUCGCAGCCUUAGAUCGCAUAAUUCGCGCGAUAUAAAGGUGUUAAAAGAAGAAGUAAAGAAACUCAAAGCUGCUGCAACGGUGUGAAAGUGAGAAAAUAAUCAUUUAGGGAAAAGAUAGUGCUUGUAAACGAUGAUUAAAGUAAAAAUAAAUUUUACCAUUUAUUGGGAAA